AAAUGCUGUAAGACAGCAUGACAGUAUAACAGUUGUCUAAGGCAUAUGGCGUAUAACAGUCGCUGUGGAAUAGUUUGCUGCAGUCACGCUGCCGUAUUGAUAUGGCUAUUUAUUUGUUGUGUGUGUGUUUUGUUUUUUUUUCGGGGGCUUCUUCUAUUUGUCUUUGCGCCAAUCAGCGAUAAUUUUCCCAUUACUCAUGUUAGAUGCAAGCAGCUACUACCAUCGAAACCGAAAAAGCCUCCUCCAUGGCCCCCGAAAGAGUCCCGCAUCCGUUUGCGUUUAAUUUGAAAACUCUUCGCUGAUGCUAUCGAAGCCGUCGGCUUGUCAUUCAGCUAGCGGCAACAUGUUUCAACAGUACGGCAAAUUAUUUUCAAGAUAACCGCAAAAAUUCUGUGUGUGUGUUUUCCUUCUUUUUUUUGAUAGAGCAACAGCAAGCAUCGAAAACUGGCGCAGCAGCCGCCAAUCGACGUGUCGAUAUCGUGGCUGGCAGUUCAAUUUAAAUUUUUAGGCUAGCACAAGUUCAACUCUAACUCUCUCUCCAAUUAUUUGAUGCGUGGCAUCCUUUAUCGCCUAGACAUACAGUAAACAUGAAAGCAACAAAGACGCAUUGCUUGCUGCUGCUGCUGUUGGCGUUGUGUUGCCAAUUGAGUGCAGCGCUGCGCUGCUACACAUGCGAGGACUGUGACGAACAGUCGCAGCUCAAGGAGCUGGAGGUGUGUAUUGCUCCAGCCAUGGUGCAACAGGCACCACCACCACAGCAGCAACCACAGCCACAGCCAGAGCCAGUUGCCACUGGUCUGCCGGCUAAUCCCAUAAUAAAUACAGUUACAGCAACUGGAACAGUGGCUGCAACAGUGCCUGCUGCAAGUCCAGUGCCAGCUCCAGCUGCCACAAGUGUUGCUGCCGCUGCUGCUGGCAACAGCGGCGAUGACGAUGACUAUGAGAGCGAUGAAGACGAUGAGUCAGCCGCUGUUAUCACAGCUAGCAACAAUGUGAUUGGCGCAGCAGGCGCCGCUGCUGCAGCUGGCGUUGCUGCUGGCGCUGGCGUCGCUGCUGUUGGCGCUGCUGCAGCUGCAGCUGGAGCUGGCACCGUGGUGCGUCCAGCAGCCGCUGCCGCCUCAGAGUCUGAGGACGAAGACGAGGACGAAGAGGAUGAGGAAGAGGACUACGAUGAUCGACGCAAACGUCGUAUGAGUCGUCAGGCUGUUGCUGCCACCUCAAGAGCUGUCUGCUACAUUGCGAGUCUACGACUCAAUGGCACAGAGAUCACGAAUCGUGGCUGCACCAUUGUCAUGGAUGACAAUCAGACGGCAGCGUGCAAUUCCCUCUUCGAUGGCUGGAACGUGGUUGGCUGUCAACUGUGCGAAGAGAACGGCUGCAAUGCUCCCAUUCAUGCAACAGUCGUUGGCCAGUUCAGCAGCAGUGGCAGUAGCAGCAGCAGCAAGACGACAACGACAACAACGUGGACCACAGCGACAACGGUCGCAACAGCAAUCGUGUUAGUUCUUUUGGCUGCAGCUUUAGCCUAGAUUGUGAGCAAUCGAUGUGCGGCUGAUAACGAAUAUAGAGAAAUAUCUACCAACAUACGUAGUAACCUAAUGUGUAUAUUAUACUUUUAAUGACAAAAUAUACUACAACAUUUUGCGGGGAGUUCAACUACGAUUUAUGAAG